GUCAGAAUCUUGGAGACGAGAGAUUUGCUCGUCUAGAGCUGACAAUGAAGGGACAACUGAUGUUGGACGACCAGCAUCAGUAGGCUAUUCAUUACUGAUCACUGUGGACAUUACCUUCAAGCAGCACUAGCGGCAAGCUUCAUGAAAGAAUCCCCAUGCCACUAGCUAGUAUCUUCUCUGCAAGUAACUACACACAGCAGCAAGUCAAUGUUGGCAGCUGCACGGCUGCCCGCCUUCCAUCUGAUUACUUGCGAGUCCGAUUGGAGGUAUAGGGGAGCUGCAUUUAAAGGGCAAUGACAUCAGGGCCUGUGGAAAGAUUUGUAACAGUCCACAAAGUCCUUAAACCUGCAGUUCUCAGAAAGAGCAGCUUAAAGUGCUGUGUUUGAGACGCAGCGCUCCGUAAUUGCUGAGGCCCUGCAAUGGCUUCCCAAAGCUUUGGCGACAUCGAGUGGCCGCCCCUCCUAUGGUGCGCCAUCAUGCUUGGGGUCUUUCCUCUCGGGUUGGCGCUCGUCCUUCUCCUUGCUCUCCUGCGCUGGGUGCUCGUCGUCCUUUCCUGCGGCCGCCUGCGCUGGGGCGCUGACCGCACCCGAGUGCUCAAGCAAACCGUAUGGCGUCAAAAAGAACCUCGCCAAGAGCACAUUCUAGUUGUUCUGAUGUACGGCUACAGCCACACGCGUCAGACUCUUGACCCGAUCAUAAGAGCAAUCGAGGAGGAUAAGGGACAGACACGUUCGUCAGGCGGUCAGCAAGGGAGCGCUCAUGUUGAUGUCGACAUCCUGGUUCCGGGCCUGCCAGCCACCCCACUAGACUCAAUCCUGGGCACCAAUUGGUUCGGCCCGUGUGGCGUCUUCUCUGUGACCCAUCCCGACACCAUACUGGAGGCAAUGCACCGAGAGGUCGUCAAGGCUGUCGACAAGGGCGAAUACACCAAACUUGUGCUGGUUGGCCAUUCGAUCGGCGCAGUUCUGGUCCGGAACUUGUACCUGAAGUUGCACGACGAUGAUGGGUCCAGUCGGGCACGGACAUUCUGCGGCGAGAAGUCCGAACUCGCGGCCAAUGGGGCGCCACAUUCGGACUCUGCCGCGCGCCCGCCGCUGGACGUCCGGCUGGUGCUGUUGUCCGGCACAAACAGGGGCUUUGCAUUUGGCAACGGCGUGCGGAGUCUGUCAUCCAAUCUGGUUUUGAACGCUAUCUUGGCGGGGCUCCUGCCUUACACCAGGAUUCUCGUUGGGUUAAUCGAGACGCUUGCGCGCCGGCCCGUCUUCUUCAUCUCCCAUUUCCGCCGCGGCUCCGUCUACAUCUGCAAGUCACGCCUGAAAUGGCUCGAAAUGGCCCGGCCGGAUGUCAAACGCACCCGUGGUUCCCCGGACUCUCCCCGCCCCCCCCGUCCUGAGAAGCCUACACGCCCCCCCCCUUUCGUGGUCCAGCUAGCGGGCUCGAACGAUAACGCGGCAUCCCCCCAAGACGAUAUUGACUUGCUCGUCUUGGAUGCGGAGCGGCCCGGGCCCGCUUCUGAGGACCGUUUCGUCUACCGGACGAUCCUCGGGUCCGACCACGAGUCGGUUUUGGACGUUUCGGACGCCGACAAAAAGUUCGGCAAAGUGCGUCGGGAAGCAGUGCUGAGCGCCCUUUUCGAACCCCCCGAAACGUUGGUCGCGCUCGACGAGACGAAGCUGAUCGCGAGCACGGAGGAGCUGAGCAACCGCUCGAAGCUGCGGCAAAACGUGGAGAAAGGAAAGCACGUCGUUUUCGUGUUGCACGGAAUCCGGGACUACGGGUUCUGGACAAGCAAGCUGGCGCGUUCCAUCCAAAAGUCGGUUUGGGACGCCGAAAAAAACAAGAGUACUAGUGAGGAGUUGGACCAAAAGUGGCACUUCCGGGCAAUGGGCACCGCCUACGGCUAUUUCGGUGCGCUCCCGUUCCUGUUGGCGUGGGACCGGCAAACCAAGGUCGAGUGGUUCAUGGACGAAUACGUGACGGCACGCGCGGAGUUUCCGCACGCAGACUUUCAUUUUGUGGGGCAUAGCAACGCGACCUACAUCGCGGCGCGCGCGCUCGCGGAGUAUGACUGCUGCGAGUUCGAGCGCGUUGUAUUUGCGGGGUCGGUCGUGGAGACGACGUACCCCUGGGAGAAAGUCCUGGAAACCCAACCCGGGCACCAGAAACCGCAGGUGGGCUGUGUUCUGAACUACGUGGCUACGGCGGAUUGGAUCGUUGCCACCUUUCCCAAGGCCUUCGAGCGCCUGUGCGGCUGCUUCGGGCUGGGCCUGGGAGGUGGGGGCUCCGACGGGUUUUCGGACCUAACCGACCGCUUGCUGGAGGCAGGGGAGAGCGCUCUCCACCCCAAAGAUGAACCGGGGGGCAAUCCAGCUUUCCCCGACGGCAGCUCUUACCAGGUCAAAUAUAUUGUGGGGGGGCAUGGGGCGGGGGUGCAAGACAUCAACUGGAGGGCAAUUGCGAACUUUGUGACCGGAACGACCGCCGCGGACCCCAAAACGGAAAGCCCGGGUCCGACUGCUCUCCUCGUGGAGAAGCAGGGUUUGGGGUUUCGGGUUUGGAACUGCGGGAUUGGGAUAGUGGUCACGUGGACUGCCCUGGCGGCAGUGGCGGCGGCGCCCAUUGGGAUUUCUAUCUGGAGGAUGGUGGUUACGGGCGAACUGGUUUGGUUAUGGACCAGCUUGAUCUGGUCUUGGGUGAUAACGGUCUUUCAGGUGGCAACUAGAUUUUAGGACGGUUGUGUCUUAGCAAGAAUUGAGCCAGGGUUGAUGUUUUUCGGGCACCGUGAGUCUCCGUCUAGGAAAUGCAAAUGUCAACUAAUGUUGCCCAUAAUGUACGCCCGUUUGGGCAAUGGGUCUGAGAGGUUGCAGUGGCAGUCACGUGUCGCUUGACGAUAACACUAACGUGAAGCAAAGUUAACCGUUGAAUAGGAGUCCUAUUGGAAGUGCAGUCUACUACAACCCUAUAAACCUCAUGAUCGUUUGAGGUAAUCUUCCAAUCUAGCAUUCGACCUCAAGUAGCUAGUGUAUUUAUGAUGCACGUUAUAAGUUGUUGACUCGAAGCAUAGGACUCCAGGACCCGGCGUACGCUUUUAGCGCAAUCAGUCAAGAUUAUUUGUACAUAAACAUCAUCCAGUCUCCCACUGGCAGCAGCAGUGAUUGUUUGCUUAUACCUAAUAUGAUUGGAACCAAAUUAGGGCAAACACCCUGAUUCUCUACUAGGCC